GUACCGCACAUGCGCAAGGGCCUGUUCGCCCGCCCGCCCGCAGCGUAAACAAGGGGCCGGCGGGGAUGAGGAGGCCUCGGGUGCGCGGCGGGGGCUGGGGCCGCCGGGGCUGAGGUUCCGCUGCCUGCUGGAGGCGUCCUCCCCCCCGCCGGACGGGGGUGGCGAGGGCCGGCCCGCCAUGAACUUGGCCAGUCAGAGCGGCGACGCCGGCAGCGGCCAUCUGCUCUUCGCCAACUUCAACCAGGACAACACAUCCCUUGCAGUUGGCAGUAAAUCAGGCUACAAAUUCUUCUCCCUUUCUUCUGUGGACAAAUUAGAGCAGAUCUAUGAAUGCACUGACACAGAAGAUGUGUGCAUUGUGGAGAGGCUCUUCUCCAGUAGUCUGGUGGCCAUAGUUAGCCUUAAAGCUCCACGCAAGCUCAAAGUUUGUCACUUUAAGAAGGGGACAGAGAUCUGCAACUACAGUUACUCCAACACCAUCUUGGCUGUCAAGCUCAAUAGACAGAGGCUGAUAGUAUGUCUGGAAGAGUCUCUUUAUAUACACAACAUACGAGACAUGAAGGUAUUACAUACAAUCAGGGAGACACCUCCCAAUCCUGCAGGGUUGUGUGCUUUAUCAAUAAACAAUGAUAACUGCUACCUGGCCUAUCCAGGAAGUGCAACUAUUGGAGAAGUACAAGUCUUUGAUACUAUCAAUCUGAGAGCUGCUAAUAUGAUCCCAGCUCAUGAUAGUCCCUUGGCUGCUUUGGCGUUUGACGCGAGUGGUACUAAACUUGCCACUGCAUCAGAAAAGGGGACAGUAAUAAGAGUGUUUUCCAUUCCAGAAGGACAGAAACUCUUUGAAUUCCGAAGGGGGGUGAAGAGGUGUGUGAGCAUCUGUUCGCUGGCUUUUAGCAUGGAUGGCAUGUUUCUGUCUGCAUCCAGUAACACAGAGACGGUGCAUAUCUUCAAACUUGAGACUGUGAAAGAAAAACCUCAGGAAGAGCCUACAACCUGGACAGGUUACUUUGGAAAAGUGCUGAUGGCCUCCACAAGCUAUCUGCCCUCUCAAGUAACAGAAAUGUUCAACCAGGGUAGAGCCUUUGCUACAGUCCGCCUGCCGUUCUGUGGGCACAAGAACAUCUGUGCACUCGCCACAAUCCAGAAGAUCCCUCGUUUGUUGGUGGGAGCUGCUGAUGGCUAUCUCUACAUGUACAACCUAGACCCCCAAGAAGGAGGAGAGUGCACACUAAUGAAGCAGCACAAGCUCGAUGGCAGCAUGGAGCCAGCCAACGAAAUCCUAGAGUCUGCAUCCCACGACCGGCCCUUGGUAGCACAGACGUACAGUGCCGCUGUGACUAAAGGUACAUAUGUGCCUUCCUCACCCACAAGGCAUGCCUAUACAGAUGACCUGGGUGCUGUGGGUGGAGCUUGCCUGGAAGAUGAAACCAACUCGCUUAGAUUGGAUGAAGACAGUGAGCAUCCCCCCAUGAUCCUUCGGACAGACUAAACCUUGACCUGUGAACUCACUCCUGAAGCAGAGAACACUGGCUUGAUAUUUCUUGAGGAAUCUCGUGUUAUGCUGCUAUGAACUUUGACAUGAGCUGGGAGAGAGGAUGACAGACUCUUACUGUUUUAAGUCGUAGCUGUAGUUCUAAUUCUAUACAAUUGGAAAAAUACAUGGUUUUCAAUUCAGUGGCUUUUAAUCUUGCUUAUCUAUUUUAGCUGUGUUUAUUUUUUUGUUGCCAAAACCUGCUGUUUGUGCAGCCCUCAGAGCCUACUAGCUUUGCAUGCGUUCAUGUGCCAAGCAAGCAUAGGAGGGGGAGAGAGAGAAGCCACUUUAUAACAAACUCAAGUUUGUAUUUUUUUUAUAUAUGUAUAUAAUAUUUAGCUUAUAUAAGGAAGGAGUAGAGAAGUGGUUCUGGAAGCUGAGACUUAGUUCUGCACUGACAAAGGUCCAAAUGGUUUCCUGUGCAUGGGCUUGCAGGCAUACCUAGUGACUGACAUGCAACCUUUCAAAUGCAACGGCCUGUUUUUUGGGGUUCUCCCUUCCCUUUCCUGGACCACUUUGUUAAUUAAAAUUCCUUCUGAAUGUUGUGUAUUUGUGGGACUGUUCUGUUUGUUGCAAUGGAAAUCUGGAAGUGUUUCCCUGCAUAAGCAUGUAGAAUAUAGAAAGUGCCUUUACAGGGAAGAAAAGGAGUUGGUGCAGGAAGAAAGCUAGAGCGAAGGAGGAAUUGCUAGAGACUCUUGUUUGUACACCUCUAGUGCUUUGGUGUCUGUAGCCCGUAGUGGCUGAUAAGCUUGUGGGGGUGUUUUUUAGAGAAGACUUGUUACUUUCUUUGUCUCCCAUAGAUUGUCUUAUUUCCUUGGCAGAGUAGCAAUAACCUUGGGUUUUUUAUACUUUUUUUACCUUAUCCAAAGCAAGGAUUGUGUCACGCUGGAGGGAGUAUGUAGAGUAUGACAGCCCCACUCUAUGGACAGCCUUAAGGUUUUCAGCUGGAAGGCAUUGCUCUCAAUUCUUGCUUCUCUUCAGUCUGGGGCUGAGGGUACUGCUCUAAUAGUGAAGGUUCAUGGUUAUUUUUUCCAGAUACUGAUGUAAAUAUAAAUGAUUUUGAAAGAUUAAUUUUCUUCUGGGUUCUCUUCUGCUGGAUAACAGGGGUUUUGGUUGGUGUUCUGUUAGGUUUUUCUCCUCCCUUUUCAUCAGUGCACCUCUUGUGAUACACUCCAAGGACUGCUUGUCUCUUUGGCAGUUCUGGAAUAAAUGCUUAACUGCCCUGACCCUGGCUAGGGCUUUCCAAGGCUGAGCAGUGCUGCAGACUAUUUUUAGGGUUGUAAUGUGCCUUUUCUUAAGUCUUGGGUAACAGUUAGCAGGCAAGUGAUUAGCAAAGUACUUAGUGAGUGUUACUUUCCUUUGCCAAAAUGAGCUUGCUUUUGCCUUUUGUGUAGCAGUGUGGGUUCCUUCCUUUCUCUCUGCUGGCUGCUUGCAAAGAAAUCAAACCAGACAAGGAAAUGGCAGAUCUUGAGAGGAGGACAGAAGCUGAGUUCUCCAGCUACAUAUGAACUCACUACCACAACUAGACAGCGAUGUGCUUUUAGGAUUUGGAACUGUGUUAACAUGUCUUCCCUCAAGCAAUAGCAGGCAGUGUUCUUUGUCCCCAAAGCCCUCUGUGGGUAGGUGUGCUUCCCCAUCCUCUAAAGUGCAGAAGAUGGUGAUAGCUGCCUGCAUCAGCGAGGCUACUGUUAGUCUGUGUAAGUGGAAGAUGCUUUAACAUGUGGGAGACAAGGGAUCAGGCUUGUUUAGUUACUGAAAACCCUUGACUGUCCUGAGCAGUUGGCUGGAGUGGCUUGUGGUGUCCUCUCCAGAACCCAAGGCAUCCAAAGCAAACCACUGAGCCAUGCUGAAAUCUUGCUUAGUCUUGACUUUAAGCUCUGGCUGACAACUAAAUUCCAUGGUCUGGAAUUAUGUUGUUGGUUUUUUUUAUUGCAAUUGCUAUCAGCUUUGCUGUGGCUGCAGAGUAAAAUACAAGUCUUGAAGUAAACAGAAGCUCGAUGAGCUUGGCUGGCAAACUGAACCACCCAGGAGCUGUCAGAUGUCUGCUUGUUCCAGACUAAAGCUGGUAACGUUCCUGAUAACAUAACUUGGAGGCUUGGCGUAGACUCCACAAGUAGAGUUAGCAGUAAACACACAUAAGCACAGGUCUGCUAAGCACACAAGUUUUACAACUCUUGAGUGUAACAAAGGCCAUCUUACAUAGUAAGAUAUACCCCUUAAUGUAAUUACUAACUUCUACUGCUUACAAUUGAGAUCAUUUAUCAUACUAACCUUACCCCCUUCCUAACUUUCACACCUUAUCUUCCACAGGUGAGUUGGAGAUCCUGCAUUCACUGUGUUUGUGUCUUCCAUGUGCUGUUGUGUGCUCCGGUGCCAUGCACUGACUGUUGAAUCGCUGUGCCCUGCACAGAGCAGAAGUAUUAAUGUUCUGGGGUUAGUGAGCAGCAUGGAGCUAGUGGGGUGGAGUAGGUGGGUUUUGGCCCCCACUGACAGUGUAUUUGAGUGGUGACAGUAGCUUGUCUUAAGUUCAUUGCAUGAGGAUAUAAACUUUGUCUCAGAUAAAGCCUGACUAAUACAAUUUCCCUCUGAUGGCCUGAGGCCCUCAGUCACCACCCUGUUGUGGUACAUUACCAAAGUUAAAAGCCUCUCAGGUUGGGGUUUCAUCCAAAUAACACAAAGAUUUUAAUGUAUUUUUUAUUUAAACAUACCAGAAAUGCUGUUUGCAGCUGCAUCCUCACCUGAGCAUGGAGCACACACGAUUGCACUGUUAAUGCUCUAUGGAUCAGGUGGCAUCUGAACACUUCUAUUCUGCUGGUCUAACAGCCCUGGAUUCCCCAGGGUGAGCCAAGGAGGCUCUAGCCCUGUGGCCAUGGGCUUCCAGUCAUAUGAUAUGGGAACACCUUUACAGCCACUCUCUUUUUAGACUGACCUCCCUUGGAAGGACAGUGUUUGUUUCAUGACAGUGCGUGUCUGUCUAGACACAGGCUGUACUUCUUGAUAGCUUUUUAAUGCGGUAGAGGGCUAAGGACAGAGAUAGGCAACUGAACCAACCAAAGCUGGGGAGGGGGGAACACUUUAAACUUGGAAUCCUAAACUCAGGUCUUAGAUUGCAGUGGGAUCUGUUCCCAGUGAGUACUAUAGGGAAGGAGCUGUUCCUCUUGAUGUGCAAAUAGGUAGUGAGCGUACAUACUUCACUCCUAUCUUGACAUCUGUGUGUUUACUCUCUAUUUCAAGUUCUGAGGCAGAAGUCUUUUAUCUCUGGUCUCUUAUGUCCCUGUUUCCAAAAUACCAGUGAUAGAUACAAAUCUAGCAGCUAAAAGGCUGGGCCUGGCACAGGAGGAGGAAGUAGAAAGCAUGAAGAGGUUAGUAAGAGCUGUUCCUUCUGAGGCCCUGUUCAUUUGUGCGAGUGCUCCCUCUGGGAUCAGAUGUGUGCAUGUACCUUGCUGCUCCAGGUCCUGUGCAAGCGAGUAUCUUGGUCCUCUGCAGAGGGUAGGGGUAGAGGUGGUGGCUUUUCAAGUCUGUCUGAAUGCAGAUAAAUACCUGAGAAGACUCUUAAUACAGAGACAGAGGAAACUCCCAUAUGACCUAUGUCUAAUAGUAAAAAGGGAGGAAUGGAGGAAGAGCCACCAGCUUGGUGAGUGGGGUUAGCAUAGAGCCCUGAGAAGCUGCUCAGCAGAGAACUCGCUAUGUUACAUCCCAUUCUGUGCUUCCUUGGCUCUAAUAAUGGCAUUAGCACCAAAGCAGCAUGCAGCAAGAGGGUAGAAUUUCUUUCCUUGUAGGCUGCUGAGCUAUUCAGUAGACCCCUGGUGUGUGCAGAUGCUCCACUCCUGUUUGCAGAGCGAAAGGAGCCUUUGUCUAAAGCAUUGGUGGGCUUUAGUCACUGCAGAGGUUUGGAAAGUUUUAUUCUGUGCUCCGUCUAUGCUGGCUAACAGAUUUAACCUGUUAACAUCUGGGAGCAAGGCAGAGUGUCCUCUCCAUAUGUGCAGAGCAGGCCUUUCUUAUGCUGGAAUCUGUGCUGCACCAUGAAAGGCUUGCAAUGAAGAGAGCGUGGCUCUGACUGUAAAUAAGCCCUUUCAGAUUCCAGUUGCACAACCAAAGGAAUUCAGCAGAUUCCUAUUUUUCUAACCAUGACAUGCCUUCGUUUUAACACUCUUCCCAUUGCCCAAUCUCAUCUUCCACUGCCUUGAAAGUGAUGGACAAGAAGUUUUUAUUCUGGCUUGCAAAUAGCUGCAGUUGUGCCCGUUACAGAUGUCUCAGUGCUGUGGCUUUGGCCAUGUGGCUGCAGUGAUCUGCGCCCUGACUCCCCCUGCACUGGUGCAUGUGUCCAACUCAUUUCUCAGGAGUGGUUCCCAAACCUGUAGCUCUGGGUUUCUAUGGGGUGUUGACUAAACCCUUUGUCUACCUGGACCUAUUUGCUCUUGCAUUUGCUUCCUUACCUGGAAAAAACCCCCCUGCAUCCUGCAGUGCUCACUUACUCUGUUCAAUAUCUGUGUUGAUAAGUGGGAAUAUCUAACAUUCCACCUCACCAAAUGUCUGGCUCCCACUGCUGCCCAUCGCUCUUUGUAAUUUUAUAACUGCCUAAGAAAUUAAAUCUGUGUUGCCAUAAA